CAUGCCGCCGCCCCCUUCCCCCCGCUCGCCUCUGCCGCCUCCUCUCCUUCCCCGCACCUCUGGCCUCCCCCCUCCUCCCUCCUCCUCCAUCCUCCCUCAUUCGUCAUCACGACAGACCAUCUCCCGUCACUUGGGCCCCAUGCUGGCGGCCGGGUCGGGGUGGAGGCGCAGCAGGGCUGCAGGGGCCCUACGUGUACUACCUCUACAGCCAGUACGGGUUCGACAAGGGCGACAUUGGCCGCCUCUUCAUCGCCGGCUUCGGCUCCUCCAUGCUCUUCGGCACCAUCGUCGGGUCGCUCGCCGACAAGCAGGGAAGGAAGAGGGCGUGCAUCACCUACUGCAUCACCUACAUCAUCAGCUGCAUCAUGAAGCACUCGCCGCAGUACAUGAUUCUGAUGAUUGGCCGUGUGCUUGGAGGCAUUGCAACAUCGCUGCUCUUCUCGGCAUUCGAGUCGUGGCUCGUCGCGGAGCACAACAAGGGAGAGUUGACUGCUGUACAUGAGACCCAGGCGAAAAUGAGUGUGCUAGCGGAGGCUCCGGGGAUGCAGGGUGAUAGGGCCCAGUCUAUGCUCCGGUUGUGUUGUUGGGGAAGCUUCGGACGGGAUUUAGAUAAGGAAAAGGAGACCCGUGCGAAAUCGAGCGUCCUGGUGUUGGGACUGAUGAUCCGCACUUGUUGUCUAAAUGCAAAACAUGCGCAUUGCAGUGCUUUCUAUCAGUACCGACGACCACAAAUGGGAUGGAUCGAGCAACCAAGACUCAGAGUGUGGUUGACAGUGCGGCCUGCUCCCAACCCUGCAGGUUAUAUAGACUCACAUGAUUACCUGAUGCGGAUUCUACAACUUGGAAAACACAUCUAGAAUAUUCAAGUUGUCUGUGGUGCCCUGGAGAAAGCUUGCUACUCCAAUAAACCACCUUACACGAGAAUCCAGAAUUGAUUUGUCAUUUCAUGUUUGCACUUUUAGAGUUUACCAACAACGCAUCAAGGACAAAGUGUGUCAUGGAUUCCUAAGUUCCAGCUAACAUAGCAAAAUUGUAUAGAGAGAAUACCCGCAUUUUGCUAUUACAUAGUUUGAGGCUAUGUUUCUUGUAAUUUUGAUUAUUAAAAGGAUGUCAUUGCCAAAUUAUCAAGCAUUUAUUUAUUUUCACAUAA